GUUUGCGGCUCUGCAGUUGUUUUGCAGGAGCGCCAACGCUGCCCUUUGGUGGGUGCUCAUUGCCCCCCUCCCGGCUCCUGGCAGAGAAAGCCUCACCUGGUUAAAGGUGCCUCUCUACCUUCAGCUGCUGCAGGACCAAGUGUGGGGCCAGCAGACCUCCUCUUGAAGCCCCCCACCCAGCAGCUGGAGAAGAUGCUGCCCCUGGAAGACCCCCCGGAUGGAGGUUGGGGCUGGAUGGUCGUCCUCGCAGGGUUCCUUGCUAACUCGCUGACCUUCGGCGUCUUGCGCUCCUUGGGCGCCCUCUCGGAAGGCCUGGUGGGGGCUUUCGAGGCCACCACGGCCCAGGUGUCCUGGGUGACGGGCAUCACCUUGGCCACCAAGCAGUUUGCAAGUCCCCUGGGCACGGCGGCAAGCACCCGCUACGGCGCCCGUCCGGUCGUCAUGCUGGGGGGGUUCCUCUCUUCGCUGGGCCUCUUGGCGGCCGCGUUCAGCACCACCUUGCUCCAGUUGUAUCUCAGCCUGGGAUUCCUGACAGGUUUGGGCUGGGCCCUGGCCUUUGCCCCCACCAUGGGCACCCUCGCCCGCUAUUUCUCCAGCCACCGUUCGCUGGCCGUGGGCCUGGCCUUGACCGGCAAUGGUCUGGCCUCUUUCGCCUUCUCUCCUCUCCUGCGCCUGGUGGCCGACCACCUCGCCUGGCGAGGCACCUUGCUGGCCGCCUCGGCCUUGACCCUCCACCUGGUGCCCGGCGGGGCCCUCCUCCGACCCCUGGCCCUGCGGGGAGACCCCCCCAAGCUGACCGCCCUCUUUGAUCUGGGCCUAUUCGCCCAGCGAGGCUUCGGGGCCUUCGCCCUGGGCACUGCCCUGCUGGCCGCCGGGUACUUCGUCCCCUACGUCCACCUGGACGCCUACGGCCAGGCGCUAGGCAUGGGAGCGUACAAAGCGGCCUUCAUGGUCUCGCUGGCCGGCUUAGCCGACGCCCUGGCCCGGCUGCUGGCCGGCUGCGUGGCUGACCGGCAUCUCCUGCCCCCCGUCUACCUGCUGGUGGCCUUCAACACCUUGGUGGGGGUCAGCCUGCUCUUCUUCCCAGCCUCGUCCGCCUCCGGUGCCAGCCUGCUCGCCCUGGCUUUGCUCUACGGCGCCAGCGCGGGAAGCUUCGCCACGCUGGCCUUCGGGGUCUUGCCUGAGCUGGUGGGCGUCGGCCGAGUGGUGAACGCCACGGGGCUGUGCAUGAUGUCCAUGAGCGUCGGGGGCCUGCUGGGACCCCCCCUCUCGGGCUUCCUGCGGGACCAAACUGGAGACUUCGCUGCCUCGUUCCUGGUUGGGGGGGGCUUUGUCCUUUGUGCCAGUCUGGUCUUCCUUGCCCUUCCCUCCCCCUCGUCCGGAUGCUGCAGCCCCCAGCGGGGCGAGAUGCCCGCUGCUGUGGAGCAUCGGAAACCUCCCCACCCCAUGACGGCCAGGAGACCUUUGGAAAUAUGAAAGACAUCCCACAUUCCUCCCUCCAGGGUCUUCCCGCCAUGCCUAUCACAGCCAAGCUGACCAGGAUGAUGGGCGUGUGAAUCCAAUCUACUAAAGCGGUCCCAGCUUCUGCAACCAGGUGCAGUCCGACCAGAGCGCAAUUUAAUCGGACUCCCCACUGGGGUGCAACAGGGAGAGGACCCUCCCCCCUAAUUGAGGGGAGGGGGCAUCCAAUGCAUCGAACCCAUCGUCCACUGCCUUGGCAGGAAAGGCCGUAAAACGGGGCAAAAUUCACUUAACCGCACUGUCUCACAACAAAAAUGUUGGGCCCAGUUGUGGUAUAGAAUAGAAUAGAAUAGAAUAGAAUAGAAUAGAAUAGAAUAGAAUAGAAUAGAAUA